AGAAGACAGAAGCCCAUAGGAAUUUGUAACUACCAUUACCAAAACAGAGUUUUCAAAUCUCAAUGUCUUGUUCACUUUAUUUUCCAAUUAACAACUACUACUAAUUUAACUUCGUUUUUCUUCUCAAGAAAGAGAUUCAUAAUACCCUUUUCCUAAUUUUACAAUACAAGAAAAAAACAGAACAGAAGAGAGCAAUGAAGAUGAAGAUGUGGAGUAGAAAUGUUAGAUGUUUGUCUACUUCAGUAGCAAAAAAUAGGAAAAACAAUAUGGGAUGGUGGGACCAUGUACAACAAGCUCCUAAGGACCCAAUCACCAGUGUCACUCAGGCUUUUCUCUCUGACCCAACUCCCUUCAAGCUCAAUCUUGGUGUGGGAGCUUACAGAGAUGAUAAAGGAAAACCAGUAACUCUUGAGUGUGUUAGAAGAGCUACUGAAAAGAUUUCUGACUGCGAGAUCUUGGAAUCAACUAAAGCAACAACAAAAUCAAAGUUUGUGCAGGACUGUGUUAAAUUGGCUUAUGGAAAUGACUCUAGUGUUGUUAGAGAAGGCAGGUUUGCUGGUGUUCCAGCUCUUUCUGGGACCGGUGCGUGCCGGCUGUUUGCGGAAUUCCAAAGGCGCUUCUAUCCUGACUCACAAAUGUUUCUACCAAUGCCAACUUGGUCCAACCACCACGACAUUUGGAGGGAUUCUCAAGUUUGUACAGGAACCUAUCGCUAUUAUGAUCCUGAUUCAAAAGGAUUGCGAUUUCAAGCUCUCGUGAAUGAUAUCAAGAACGCUCCAGAUCGUUCCUUUUUCUUACUUCAUCCUUGCGCUCAUAACCCAACUGGUGUCGACCCCAAUUAUGAGCAAUGGAAAGAAAUCUCACACAUAUUUAAGAUCAAGAAUCAUUUUCCUUUUUUUGAUAUGGCUUAUCAAGGAAUUGCUAGUGGAGACGUUGAGAGAGAUGCCACUGCCAUUCGAAUAUUUCUAGAAGAUGGACAUCUAUUAGGCUGUGCACAAUCUUUUUCCAAAAACAUGGGCUUGUAUGAACACCGAGUAGGUUGUGUCAGUAUUGUCUCCAGGGAUGAUAAGCAAGCCACUGCAAUCAAGAGUCAGUUGCAGCGAAUUGUCAGGGCAAUGUACAGUAGUUUUCCGGUUCAUGGCCCAUUAUUAGUGUCAACAAUCUUGAAUGAUGCUGAUUUAAAGGCACUUUGGGAAGAGGAAGUUAAGGUCAUGGUGGAUCGCUUAAUCAGCAUGAGAGUUACAUUACGUCAAACUCUUGAAGAGUUGAACUCAUCUUCGAGCUGGGAACAUGUAACAAAGCAGGUUGGAAUGUUUUACUUCUCUGGUUUAUCCCCUGAGGAAGUAAACCAAUUGCAAAGGGAUUUCCAUAUAUACAUGACUAAUGAUGGACGCAUCAGCAUGGCAGGGGUAACAAGCAGCAAUGUAGACUACUUGGCUAAUGCAAUCCAUGAAGUUACCAAAGAGUAAAUAAUAGCAGCUGUAUUGGUUCAAAGCAUUUUGAAUUUGUAGUUUAGCAAUUCUUAUUGAGAUCUUGUGCAGAUAACCAUUGUCUAAUACUGUUAGAGGCUGUUUUGUAGGAUGUAUUAGAGAAAAUAAUACAUGUAUACAUCUUAUUCAAUACUAUUCUUAUACAUAACGAUCAAUGAUAUAAGCAAUAUAAGGGUUUAUUAAUA